AUGAACCACGAGCAACAGUCGAUCGCAUUCACUUGCCCAUCUGAAAGCAAGUCCUUAUCUAUGGCUGAACCCCACCUUUACAGUACGUCUUGUGGUUAUUGUGGACACGGUUAUGACGAGCAAGGACUUCUAUGCCCUACCAUCCAACAACAAGAAUACCUUGAGGUACGACCUCCAGUAGAAGGCCUAUUAUUCCAAUACAAUUAUCUCCUCAACGUGUUCACUACACCCGAUAUGGCCAAGUAUUUAGCUGAAGCAGAGAUUACAGAGGAUGUAUAUGCAUUGCCUAUUCAUUUGCAGCGUUUAUUGAGUGAAGUCAAAGAGGAAGUGGUUCUCAAACGUAGCAACAAGGAACACAUUGAGCAUCAGCACCAGCAACAGCCGUCCAUGGCGAUGAUUAGACUUGAACGUGUGCGCAACUAUGUAUGGAUUCAAUCGGGUGGCGAUGUGGCUAACUUGAUGUCAGCACUUACCGAGCUUAUGAGUGACGAGGAUGAAUUGGAGAAUGUCUUGGGUUUCUAA